UUGGAGCUGCGCAAUUGUUAGCUUCCAAUCGGAUCGCAAAAUUUUAACAACGGAAACCGAAUUAAUUCCAAGUGUCAAAAAUCCUACUGCUUAUCUGCCGGACGUACAAAUUAGCAUAGGCCACGAGGCAUGGAACGUAUAUUGAGAGGAGUUAUGCGCUAUCGCAACACAACGCGAGAGCAAAUGGUCAAAGAAUUUCAGAAAGUGCGAGACAAUCCCGAGCCGAAGGCCGUAUUUUUUACCUGCAUGGACAGUCGCAUGAUACCAACAAGAUAUACGGACACCCACGUCGGCGAUAUGUUUGUUGUGCGAAAUGCGGGAAAUCUGAUACCACAUGCCCACCACUUUCAUGACGAAUACUUCAGCUGCGAGCCGGCCGCAUUGGAGUUGGGCUGUGUCGUGAAUGACAUCAGGCAUAUUAUUGUUUGUGGUCACAGCGAUUGCAAGGCAAUGAAUCUUCUAUAUCAGUUGCGUGAUCCCGAAUUUGCAUCCAAGCUAAAUCGCCGACUGUCGCCGCUGCGCUCCUGGCUUUGUACACAUGCCAACACCAGUUUGGAUCGGUUCCAGGAGUGGCGGGAUGCGGGCAUGAAGGAUGCGCUUGUGUUCUCAUCGGAGACGCCGCUGCGUCGCUUUGUCGCCUACAUCGAUCAGGACGACAAGUUUGCCAUUGAGGAUAAGCUGUCGCAGAUCAACACGCUGCAACAAAUGUCCAAUGUUGCAUCAUAUGGCUUCCUCAAGUCACGCCUCGAAUCGCACAAUCUGCACAUCCACGCCCUGUGGUUCGACAUCUACACGGGUGACAUCUACUACUUUAGUCGCGGAGCGAAGCGCUUCAUUGCCGUAGACGAGUCCAGCGUUGAGCAGCUGUCCGCGGAGGUGAGGCGGUUCUACUCCUAGACAGAGUAAUGCUUACUUUGCGUGCCUUGGAUUUUAUGUGUCUGUGAUAGUCGUCGUCUGAGAAGUGGCAUUUAUAUAUAUAUAUAUAUAAAUAUAUAUACGUAUAUAUAUUUGAAUAUGUCUUAUUGUUUAGCAUUUUGUAUUUAUAAAUGUUUGUUCUUUUUUUA